GCUGCUGUCCAGAAGUGGCUCCCACAGACGCUAACCUUUUCCGCGGCUCUCCUUGACUCUGGGCCCCCGGCUUUGACGAUCGGGUGCGGGGGCUCCGAAAGCUCGGCUGGGACAUCCUCCCAGUGCCCCUCGCUUUCUGGUCGGCAAAGACGAGAUUGCUCCGAAAUUGCGACUGCUUUACCACCUGCCUCCCAGGAGGGGGAAGCAGGAGUGCUGCGGAAGUGUCCCUCCGGCCUGCCUGGGGGCGUUUGCCAUCUCUCACUGGUUGAGGAGCACUCGUCAGUUUCUUCCCGUUUUCUUCCUGACCUCUCUGCCAAACUAACCACCAGCACGUACAGGCCUUUCAAAAGGUCGCCUCGACACGAUUGCAUCCCAUGUGAUUGUGUCCUUAGUGGAAGAUUAUCCUAACUAUAUGAUCAUAAAUUUAGACAAGCUGGAUUACUGUGCAAGCUUGAAGAAUCUUGAACCUAUUUCUAACAAGCAAAACUACAAAUUUAUACAGGGCGACAUCUGCAAUUCCCGCUUUGUGAAGCUGCUGUUUGACAUGGAGAAGAUAGACAUAGUGCUACAUUUCGCUGCACAGACACAUGUAGAUCUUUCAUUUGUCCGUGCCUUUGAGUUCACAUACGUCAAUGUUUAUGGCACUCAUGUUUUGGUAAAUACUGCUUAUGAAGCCAGAGUGGAGAAAUUUAUUUACGUCAGCACAGAUGAAGUGUAUGGAGGCAGUCUUGAUCAGGAGUUCGACGAAUCUUCCCCCAAACAACCUACAAACCCUUACGCUUCAUCUAAAGCGGCCGCUGAGUGCUUUGUGCAGUCUUACUGGGAACGAUACAAGUUCCCAGUGGUCAUCACCAGAAGCAGUAACGUCUAUGGACCACAUCAGUAUCCAGAAAAGGUUAUUCCAAAAUUUAUAUCUUUGCUCCAACACGACAGGAAAUGCUGUAUUCAUGGAUCAGGGCUUCAGAGAAGAAACUUCCUUUAUGCUGCGGAUGUAGCAGAAGCGUUUCUCACUGUCCUCAGGAAGGGAGAACCAGGCGAAAUUUAUAACAUCGGGACCAGCUUUGAAAUGUCAGUUGUCCAGCUUGCGAAAGAACUAAUCCAGCUGAUCAAAGAGACCAGUUCAGAGUCGGAAACAGACCGGUGGGUGCACUACGUUAACGACAGACCUCACAAUGACAUGAGAUAUCCAAUGAAGUCUGAGAAGAUUCACAGUUUAGGAUGGAAGCCCAAAGUGCCUUGGGAAGAAGGAAUAAAGAAAACAGUUGCGUGGUACCGGGAGAAUUUCCACAACUGGAAGAACGCAGAAAAGGCUUUAGAGCCAUUCCCAGUUCAGCCUCCAUUUCUGUAACUGCAGAGAAGAGGACGCUGGCCUACCUCAGCCAGUGACAGGACCAAGCGCCCAGACGUGACCUCUCGCCUGCAGGACAAGGCUGCCCUCAGUGCUGGGCUCCUGCAAAGUUGGCAGGGGUUUCACGCUGGUGCAGGACUGGGGAGAUUCCCUUGGCCGGCUGUCCGGAAGUCAGCCCUCCCGGAAGUGAGUCAGGACAGAGCUGGGGCCCUGAGAGCAAGGGCAGGCGGCCCUGAGUCAGUGGCUGAGUGGACAGCUUUAGGCCUCCCGGCUCCCAUCCUCCCCAGCACACGCAGUCUUUGACUUUAGGUCCUGCCUGUAUUUUUUAAGGUCUGAUAAUGUGAAGAUGGAGCAAAAUGAAAGACUCUAGCACUUUUAAACUUGAUAUUUUAUAAAAUUAAGUUAAAUGGUUUUUAAAGGUACAAUGUAACUCCUCACAUUUUUGAAAUCAGUUGUUGAUUAUAUAUAACCUGUAUCAGAGAACUCAUCAUUUAUUUACUGUUUACAAUUACUUUAUAAAAGUAUAUAUUUUAAUAUAUUAAAUGCAGAUUGUGGUUUCUUUUA